AUGAAUAAUAAAACUGCUCUUGAAAGUCUGCCUUCCAGAUAGUUUGCAGGAAGUAUCUUAGAUUCUAAAAUGCUUGAAAAUUCAUAAUUAGAUUCAAAAGGAUAGAAAAAGAUUAAGCGUUGGUACCUUUUAAGCAAAGUUGAUUUGUUCAAGUACUUACCUGUUCCUAUUACCAACGAAGUUAGCACUGUUGUUUCAUAGGCCUCAAGCUUAGUAGUUAUAGCAGUGAUAGUAGUUUUGUUUAUCAUACAAUUAGUCACUUUAUUAGUCAACAAUUAGCCAAAAUAUAUCUCUCAUGAAGAAAAUAUUGACUCCAAAGCUAUUUAUGAUGUACCCGAAUUUGCUUUUGGGCUUUACAUUGGAGAUAGCCUAUAAAAAUAUUUUUAUGAUGAUACUUAUUUUGAGUUUUAAUUAGCAUAGUUUUCUUAAUAGGAGAAUUCAUAAGGAGUUUUUAAGGCUGAAGAGAUUUAGUAGCAAAUUGUGAACUGUUAACCUGAUUGGAUUAGUAUUCCUGUCAAAUUAAAUUGCCCAACUUAGACCUUAAAAAUAUAAAAUUAUAGAAAAUAAAAUGAAUAAGUUCUAUUCCCAACAUUAAAAAUAGUAGAAUGCAACUAAUAAAAGUAAACUUCCUUGGGUAAGUAGUGUAAAAGUAAAAAAUAAGUUGAGAGCUUAUUUGCAUAAGGAAGACUCCUAUUUUUUAUCAAAUCAUAAGGAUAAUAUAAUGUAAUUACUGGAAAGUUUACUCAAGAUUCUUAUCUAGUGUACUAAUUUUUUAUCAAUCCACUAUAUGAAAACGUUGGAGAGUCAGUUUUAGGAAGGAAAAUAAUUAUGCAGUACCCAGAUUACUUAACAAGAUUUACUUAGAAUAAAAUUGAAGAAACCUAUCUUUAAAACUUUAAUUAAUAUUUGAAUAGUGUAAAUAACGUUGUAUAUAAAAAUGAUUAGAAAAGAACCUUGAAUUUAAAUUCAAAAUACGAUUUUAAUUCUAUGGAACGAAAAGAACACACAACAUAAUUUGAUAACUAAACAGAUAGAUAGAAUUAAAGAUAGCUUUAACAAACAAUAGAAUUCUAAAAAUAGUAUUUCUUGUGGUAUUUAAAUUAAGAUAAAAAAGUUACUGUCAUAGAUUUAAGUUUUAAGACAAUAUUUGACUUGUGCUCUUUUCUGGGUGGAAUAUGGGGUGUUCUCUGUGCUGUCUUUACUAUUCUAGCUUUGAAAAGAAAUGCUCAAAUUUUUUAUAAAAAGAAAAAAAUAUGGAGCAACUUUGACAAACUGAUAAAAACAGAGAUCAUUAAAGAAUCAUUAUUUAAAGAUAAAAAAUCGAAACCCAGUAUUGAACUUUAAAAUACUCCAAAGCUAACUAAAUCGAAUGCAAAUAUAUAAAAUUCAAGAACUAGUUCUAUUAUUUAUUCUAAAAAUUUAGACGAUUAUUAAAACUAUUAGAUUGAUCAAACUAAAAAUAUUGAUGAAAAUCAGUUCGAUUUAAACAAUUAAAAUACUUCUCCAGACUAAAUUUAAAAACCUGUUUAUAAAGUCUAAUUGAUAUCAAUCAAUUUGGAGGAUUAGCUAUGA